AGAAAUCAGGAAUCUCUCUCUCUUUCUCUAUCAUCUCCUCCUUCUUUAUAACAAUCAAACUCUCUUCUCCAUCGUCAGAUCUCUUUUUUGUUCUCUCAAUAAAAACAAUUCCACCAAUUGAAUCGCUUUUCUCUCUCGCGCCAAAUAUACGAACCUUUCUCUUCUUCUUCUUCUUCUUCUUCUUCACUUUCUCUAACUACCCCUCUCUCUCUAUCUCUUCCUUUACAGGGAAUUUUGAUUGAGAUGGCGGAUAACCCAACAAGUCCAGCAGGAGGGAGCCACGAGAGUGGUGGUGAGCAGAGCCCACACUCCGGAGUGAGGGAGCAGGAUAGAUAUCUUCCUAUUGCUAACAUAAGCAGGAUCAUGAAGAAAGCUUUGCCUGCCAAUGGAAAAAUCGCUAAAGAUGCAAAGGAUACUGUCCAAGAAUGUGUCUCGGAGUUUAUUAGCUUUAUUACGAGCGAGGCAAGUGAUAAGUGUCAGAAGGAGAAAAGGAAGACAAUCAAUGGGGAUGAUUUGUUGUGGGCAAUGGCCACAUUAGGCUUUGAGGACUAUAUUGAACCGCUUAAGGUGUACCUGGCUAGGUACAGGGAGAUGGAGGGUGACACCAAGGGAUCUGCUAGGGGUGGGGAUGGAUCUGGUAAAAGGGAUGCAAUGGGAGGUUUGCCUGGUCAAAACCCACAGUUUGCUCUUCAGGGAUCAAUGAACUACAUCAAUUCCCAGGCACAAGGGCAGCAUAUGAUUGUUCCUUCCAUGCAAGGGAAUGAGUAGAGUUGUAGUCUCUAUUAUUUAAUCUAAUGAAGUUUAGGGCAGUAAAACUGUUUAGCUUUCGAUGCUUAUAGCAUCUUUUAUAUUGGUUUAUGAUCCUACUGAAAUCAAAGUGCUAUAUAUAUAUAUAUAUAUAUAUAUAUUAUAUAUAUAUAUAUUCUUGGGGCUUUGGUUUUUGGUGGUGAUUGGGGUUUGGAUUUUGUUGGGGCCCUCUUCAGCAGAACAGCUUUAAAAGUCACAUAAGUACUGUAAAUUUGAUUUUUUUUUUUUUUAUCUAAUAUACAAUCUUCUGACUGCUUAAAGAAACUGAUUUCUUAUGGAGCUUCAGAUUGUAAACCACAUAAAUUUCAGUCGUUAUGUGCAUAUCAUUUAUCA